UUUUUUCACUCUCGCGCAGGUAGAUGAUAUGUUCCGGGUGUCUGCAAAGACAAAUCUUAUUUUGGAGUGCUCGUUACAUUUCUUUAAACGAAAUAUCUCUUAAUUUACAGAGUGUACUUUUUGGUUAUUCGUAUUUGUGUCGUUUGUCUUUAACAAUUGCGUUUUAAUUCAAAAGACUACGACUUUUUAUUUGUUUGGGGCCGUAUACGGUACUCGUUUCACCUGUCGUCGUCAACGAACCGGAAGACUGGUUUGACGACUGGUUUGACGACUGGUUUUACUCGACCUGAAUUGUUCCAAAAGGAGUGCAAUCAGAUGCGUAAAAGUGAUCGAGGAACAGGCGGGAAACAAGUAGCAAAAUCGGCAGAUCUCCUUAAAGUCAUGGACCCAAUGGAUGCAGGAAUGCGUUACACCCCCAAAUCUUCGGACAAGGACUGGGACCAAGCGGUCACAUUUCUGCCAGCAACAGAUUCCAAAAAGCUGGAGAAGAAGAAACGCCCAGGGAAGACUGGUGCCAUUAUUGGCAUAGUCAUCUUUGCAGCUGUUGUGGCCUUGAUGACUGGACUUCUUGUAUGGCAUUUCCACUUCCGGAAGGACACCAAGGUGAAAAAGAUGUACGCUGGCUCUAUGAACAUCACAAAUCAGGACUUUAAGGAUGCUUAUGAGAACCCCAAUAGUACAGAGUUUCAGGCCCUGGCCAACCAGGUAGCAGCUCAGUUAAGAGAACUCUACUCCAGGAUUCCCCAGCUGUCUAAAUAUUAUGUUGAUUCUUCAGUGCAAGCCUUCAGUGAAGGCAGUGUAAUAGCAUAUUAUCUGUCAGAGUUCCAUGUUCCAUUGUCUCAGGAGGAUGCUGUGGAUAACACCAUGAAGACCAUGGAUGAAAUGAUAAAGCACAAGGAGCGGCGUCUAAAAGACUCAACAGGAAAUCUGAUGUUUAAUAGAAUAGAUACUUCAGCUUUAGAUUCACGGAUGUUUUCAAAACCUUCGUAUUACAAGUAUGCUGUGCACACCAGGCCUAAUGAAGUCAUUGAUAUCAUGUCACCUGGGUUUCCUAACUACCCAUACCCACAAAAUAUGCUUGCGCAGUGGCAAUUGCGAGCUGACCCUGGCCACAUCAUCAAGCUGGAAUUCACCACCUUCAAUCUGGAGGAAAACUGCAGGAAUGAUUUUAUGAAAGUAUAUGACUCGCUGGUGGCAAUUGAAAGCCGGCUCAUGGCUGAGAAAUGUGGACACUACUCUCCCAAUAACCCACUCGGCUUCAUCUCCUCUGGAAAUGUGAUGCUGGUGACUAUGGUAACCAGCGAUAUUGGGGACUAUCCUGGUUUCAGAGCACAAGUGUCUCAAGUGGCUGGGGGCAGUACUAGAGCAAUGUCAUGUGGUGGAACUCUGACAGGAACCUCUGGAACCUUUACAUCACCAAACUAUCCGAAAUAUUAUCCAACGCUUAUUAGGUGUGAAUGGAAGAUCCAGGUGGCAUCUAAUAUGCAUGUGAAGCUGGUCUUCUCUAAAUUCAUGAUGUCUCUCGAUGGGGCCUGUUUGACGGAUUAUGUCCAGGUCAAUGAUGAAAAGCUUUGUGGUGAACUACCUUCUUCCACCAUGCGAACCAGCAACUCGAACCAAAUGAUUGUAGUUUUCUACUCUGAUGCAUCCUAUGUGGAUCGAGGCUUUAAUGCAACCUUCAUGGCCUUUGAACCCAGUAACCCAUGUCCUGAUAAGUUCCUGUGCAACAAUAAACGCUGUGUCAGUUCUGCCCUGCGCUGUGAUGGCUGGAAUGACUGUGGAGACAGUAGUGAUGAGAGGAAUUGCCACUGUAACUCUGCCAUGAUCAGCUGUAGGAAUGGUCUGUGUAAGCCGAUGUUCUGGAAAUGUGAUGGUAUUGAUGAUUGUGGGGACAAAACUGAUGAAAUGAAUUGUGCUGCCUGUAAAACAGGAGAGUUUGUAUGUGGAAAUGGUGUCUGUAUCUCAGAGAAACAAAGGUGUGAUGGGAAAAAUGACUGUGGUGAUAAAUCAGAUGAAGCAGACUGUGAAAGAUCCUCUGUAUGUCUGGAAACUAACUUCAAGUGCAGGAACAACCAGUGCAUUAGUAAGCAGAACCCAGAGUGUGAUGGAGAGAAGGACUGUACUGAUGGGUCUGAUGAGGACAAGUGUGAUGUAUGUGGAAUGCGUCCUUUUAAGUCCUCGCGUAUUGUGGGCGGGCAGGAUUCAAUGGAGGGGGAGUGGCCUUGGCAGGUCAGCCUUCAUAUCAAAAACUCUGUGCAUGUGUGUGGAGCAUCAAUCAUUAGUGACAGCUGGCUAGUCACUGCUGCUCACUGCGUACAAGACGAACCCAAAAUUAGGCUCUCUCAGCCAAGCUCAUGGGAGGUGUAUCUGGGCCUCCAUACCCAAAAGCAGACGGAUAAAGCAGAAAAGCGUUACCUAAAGAGGAUCAUUGCUCACCCCAGUUACAAUGAAUAUACAUUUGAUUAUGACAUAGCUCUCAUGGAACUGGACAAAGCUGUCGCUUUCAGAGACACCAUCCGACCCAUCUGUUUGCCAUCCUCCUCUUAUAUCUUCCCUGUGGGUAAAUCGGUGUGGAUCACCGGCUGGGGGGCCACCAGAGAAGGAGGCUCUGGUGCAACAGUGCUGCAGAAAGCAGAAGUUCGCAUCAUUAACAGCACAGUAUGCGAUACACUGAUGAAUGGGCAGAUCACGUCACGUAUGACAUGUGCUGGAGUACUAGCAGGAGGGGUGGAUGCCUGUCAGGGUGACUCAGGUGGUCCUAUGUCUAGCUCUAAUGCAGUUGGGCGAAUGUUUCUGGCAGGCGUGGUGAGCUGGGGUGAUGGAUGUGCACGUAGAAACAAACCGGGAAUUUACACCACUGUCCCCAAAUUCCGUGCCUGGAUUAAAGAGCAAACAGGAGUAUAAUUGCAGAGAAAAAAGAUUAUGGGUAUUUUAGGAGAACAGAGUUACCAGUUAAUUAGUUACUUAGUGAAGCACAUUGAUCAUAUAAUGUUAUUUGUUCUGUUUAUGUGCUUGGAAGGACAAAUUGAGAAGAAACUAAGAUGCUGUUUAGAGAUGUUUGAUACUGAGGCUGUCUCUGAAAUUAGGUCAGUGUUGUAUUUGACCCACAGCAUGAUGAGCCUGUGUCUAUGAAACAGUCUUUUAAUCAUCCCUGCCCCCAAAAUGCAUACAAGUCUCUUUGUUGAUUGAAAUGUUAUACAGCAUAGACAACUGUUUUACAUUUGUAUAUUUAAUUAAAUGUGAAGUACCAGGCUAUGUUUUUACUGUAAAUAGAUUUUUAAUGUCUUCUUUUAAAUUUGUUUCUUAAUAAUGAAUUGCUUGGAAAAUGAAAUUAUUUGAUAUGUUCAGAGUUAGGAUUAUAUAGUAUACAUUUCUUAAUUUCUAACACUCUGGGAUCCCUAAAUACACAAAUAUACACUAAAAUGUGACUAAUGAUUUUUCUUCUGACAUUCUUUUUUUUUAUUAUUAUAAAUGAUUUAUAACCAAAGCAUAUUGGCCUAAUUUUCUUUCAAAGUUGGAUUAAUAUGCCAUUUUUGGGUGAUUUGUGAUUUUAAGAAAUGUGUUCAACGGUUUACCAAUUUUUGUGUGUUUUAUUUUAAUAUUAUUUUUUCUUUUAUUUAUCAUUAAUUUCUUCAGGUUCUAAUUCUAAAUGCAAAAAUUACUGUUUUUAUUAAUUUACUUGCUGUGCACAAGACAAGUGUUUUAAAGGCAUGUACCUUAAUAAAUGAAGCGUUGUCCUUUU